CGGCGUGCGCGGCCCCGCGGCCUCGGCGCGCCCCCGUCCCGCGCCAUUUUGGACUAGGAGCGAAGUGGUAGAGUGCGUGGCUGCUGUGGUGAGAGCUAGAACCCAGCGGGCGGGCAGCAAGAUUGAGACCCAGCAGCAAGCGAGAUGGAGCACUACCGGAAAGCUGGCUCUGUGGAACUACCAGCACCUUCCCCAAUGCCCCAGCUGCCUCCUGAUACCCUGGAGAUGCGAGUCCGAGAUGGCAGCAAGAUCCGCAACCUGCUGGGACUGGCGCUGGGGCGGUUGGAGGGUGGCAGCGCCCGGCAUGUGGUCUUCUCAGGUUCUGGCCGGGCUGCCGGCAAGGCUGUCAGCUGUGCCGAGAUCGUCAAACGGCGGGUACCAGGCCUGCACCAGCUCACCAAGCUGCGCUUCCUGCAAACAGAGGACAGCUGGGUGCCAACCUCACCUGACACUGGCCUAGAUCCCCUCACAGUCCGCCGUCAUGUGCCUGCGGUGUGGGUACUGCUCAGCCGGGACCCCUUGGACCCCAAUGAGUGUGGCUAUCAGCCCCCAGGGGCACCCCCUGGCCUGGGCCCCAUGCCCAGCUCCAGCUGUGGCCCCCGACCCCGAAGAAGGGCACGAGACACCCGGUUCUGAGGACCUGCCAAGCAAGCUGUUCUCCAGGCCUGAAUGUCUAGGAUGGCUGUGCCUUCUUUGAGAAGCCCUGUAACUGCUCAACAUCCCCAUCUAGACUUGAGGUUACAGAAGUGGACCUCCCUGUCCUACUUCAACUUCCCUCUGGCUGGUGGAAAGGGACUGUGAUGAAGAGUGACAGGUGUGGGGUCUCUGCUGAGUUCUGGAUUGCUUAAGAGGAGCUUAUUCUGCCUUCCACCUACAGUGACUCUGAUCUACCUUCUGACAGAGGUCUGAGGAGUGGGUUAGGAAAUAAAAGUUCUGCCCAUUUGAUAAGCCUCUGCUCGGCCUGCUGUGUGGAGGUGGGAUUAGGGGAAGAGGAGUCCUUGCCCUUGACCCCCAGGAGCUCACAGGUGGGAGACAGGAAGGGUAGGCUCAGGUUGGUGCUGGAAGGAUCUAGGGUUGAUUAAAAAGCCUCAAGUGGUAACCUGUCUGUGUCUAAACCACUGGGUGGCUGACUGCUGCCUGUUUGAGGCUGGUUUAAAGACUCUCUACCAGGACAGACAUUUUUCCUCAUCUGUAGCAUGUUGAUAUACUUCAUUCUAUUGCACGUCCCAAAUACUGUGUUUUCUACAAAGUAAGUAAGGGUUUGUAGCAAGCCUGCAUUGAGCAAGUCUGUUGGCGACAUUUUUCCAACAGCAUCUGCUCACUUUGAGUUUCUGUCACAUUUUGGUAAUUCUCACAUUGCAAACUUUUUCAUUGUUAUGUUUGUUAUAGUGAUCUAUGAUAAGUGAUCUUUAAUGUUACUGUUAUAACUCAUUGAAGGCUGAGGUGAUGGUUCAACUUUUUCUAGUAAUAAAAUGUUUUUAUUUUUA